UUUUAUUUUUAUAAAAUAAAAUUUAAAAAUACAUAGAUAUGGUACGAUAAUUAUAAAAGGUGGUUACUUUUUUUAUCCCCAUUUCUAUCUAGAGUGAUGCUCUGCUGGUCUCUCCUCAGAUUUGCUUUCUUUUGAACAUUACCAACCACCAAUUGUUUUUCUUAGAAGAUGAGAGGAGGUCUAUGGCAACUUGGUCAGUCUAUCAACCGCCGUCUUUCGCAGGCUGAUAAGAGGACUGUAGCUCGUCGAUUCUUUGCCUCUGAAGCUGAUCUCAAAAAGACUGUUCUUUAUGACUUUCAUGUCGCGCAUGGUGGAAAGAUGGUUCCAUUUGCUGGGUGGAGCAUGCCUAUUCAGUACAAGGAUUCUAUCAUGGACUCAACUAUUAACUGUAGGCAGAAUGGCAGCCUCUUUGAUGUUUCCCAUAUGUGUGGACUGAGCCUCAAGGGAAAGGAUUGCAUUCCGUUCCUCGAGAAGCUUGUUAUUGCUGAUGUUGCUGCUCUUGCACCGGGAACUGGCACUCUUACUGUCUUCACAAAUGAAAAGGGAGGAGCAAUUGAUGAUUCAGUGAUCACCAAAGUUAAAGAUGACCUUUUAUACUUGGUUGUGAAUGCUGGGUGUAGGGAUAAGGAUCUGGCUCAUAUCGAAGAGCACAUGAAGGCAUUUAAGGCAAAGGGUGGUGAUGUCUCAUGGCACAUUCAUGAUGAGAGAUCUCUUCUCGCUCUUCAGGGUCCUCUUGCUGCCCCAGUUCUUCAACAUUUGACAAAAGAGGAUCUGAGCAAGAUAUAUUUUGGGGAAUUCCAUAUGAUAGACAUCAAUGGAUCACCCUGCUUUCUCACUAGGACAGGGUACACUGGCGAAGAUGGAUUUGAAAUCUCAGUUCCUUCAGAGCAUGCGGUGGAUCUUGCCAAGGCAAUCUUAGAAAAAUCUGAAGGAAAAGUAAGGCUGACAGGGCUAGGCGCACGUGACAGUCUCCGACUUGAAGCUGGGCUUUGUUUAUAUGGUAAUGACAUGGAACAGCACACAACACCUAUAGAGGCAGGAUUGACAUGGGCCAUAGGGAAAAGGAGAAAGGCUGAAGGUGGUUUUCUCGGCGCUGAGGUAAUACUCAAACAACUAGCAGAAGGCCCCAAAAUCAGGCGUGUAGGAUUUACCUCUACAGGUCCUCCACCUAGAUCCCACAGUGAGAUCCAGAAUGAGAAUGGGGAAAAUAUUGGAGAAGUCACAAGCGGGGGAUUUAGUCCAUGCCUGAAGAAGAACAUUUCCAUGGGAUACGUGAAAUCCGGAAUACACAAAGCAGGCACCAAAGUUAAACUCCUUGUACGAGGGAAGGCCUAUGAUGGAGUUGUCACAAAAAUGCCUUUUGUGCCAACUAAAUAUUACAAGCCAACUUAAGUUUUUGGUACUUCGUCUCUAUGCUUUUCUGAUAAGUUCCUGUUUUGACUUGUUCUUGUCAAACUCAUUUACUUCAAUGACAACACUCUUUCCUUCUGUCUGCAGGAAUUUCAUGUAUUGCAUAGUUAUAAAUUGAUUGUUGCCAAACAUGAAUAAUAUGAGAUGCCUGAUAAAGGAGAAAUCAGAUCUUGGAUCA